AUGGCGCAAGCAGGUCCGGUGACGGACGUUGUACAGAGGCUCUUCACGGAGCUGAAGUCCAAAAACGAAGAAGUGCGUGUCAGAGCUUCCUUUGAGCUCUAUGACAAUGUCCUCACGGUUUCGCGAGACUGGGCCCCCGAGAAAUUCCUUGAAUUCUACAAUGCCGUCAGCCAGCGCAUCGCCCAGCUGGUGGUCACGGGCAGCGAUGCCAACGAGAAAAUUGGCGGCCUUUUAGCCCUCGAUCGACUUAUCGACUUUGAUGGAGUGGACGCCGCCCAAAAAACGACACGAUUUGCCAGUUAUUUACGAAGCGCGCUACGAAGUAACGAUAAUGCAGUACUCGUCUAUGCUGCUCGAUCGCUUGGCCGACUGGCGAAACCCGGCGGUGCGUUGACUGCGGAGUUGGUGGAGAGUGAGAUACAGUCGGCACUGGAAUGGUUACAAUCAGAACGACAAGAAAGUAGACGCUUCGCCGCGGUGUUGAUCAUACGAGAACUUGCCAAAGGAUCGCCGACUUUGCUAUAUGGAUUCGUGCCACAAAUAUUUGAGCUUGUCUGGGUCGCGCUUCGCGAUCCCAAGGUCCUGAUUCGAGAGACUGCCGCCGAGGCUGUAAGCGAAUGCUUCGAGAUAAUCGCCGCUCGAGAUGUUGGCGUGAAACAACAGUGGUUUGCGCGCAUCUACGAAGAGUCUCUACAGGGUCUCAAAUCCAGCAAUGUUGACUGGAUUCAUGGCUCCCUCCUAAUACUAAGAGAACUGUUGCUUAAAGGUGCCAUGUUUAUGAAUGAGCACUACAGAAACGCGUGUGAGAUUGUGCUCCGUCUGAAAGAUCAUCGAGACCCCAAGAUACGGACUCAGGUUGUCCGCACGAUUCCAAUCCUUGCCUCCUAUGCUCCGAUGGACUUUACAAACAACUACUUGCACAGAUUCAUGGUUUAUCUUCAAGCGCAACUGAAGAGAGAGAAGGAACGAAAUGCUGCUUUUAUCGCGAUCGGAAAGAUUGCAAACGCGGUUGGUGUUGCCAUUGGACAGUAUCUAGACGCUAUCAUAGUAUAUAUUCGAGAGGGUCUGGCGUUGAAAGCGAGAAAUCGUGCAGCCGUGAACGAAGGACCUAUGUUCGAAUGUAUCAGUAUGCUGUCGUUGGCAGUAGGCCAAGCCCUCAGCAAAUACAUGGAAGCUUUGCUCGACCCAAUCUUCGCCUGUGGUUUGAGCGAAUCUCUUACCCAAGCCUUAGUAGAUAUGGCACACUACAUUCCUCCUAUCAAAGCCACGAUACAAGAAAAGCUACUCGAUAUGCUAAGUAUCAUCUUGUGUGGCACACCGUUCCGUCCCCUGGGAUGUCCGGCAAACCGACCACUUACCCUUCCUUCAUUCGCCAAAGAUUUCGCACCACAGGAGCUUCACUCAGAUGCAGAAAUUGCUUUGGCCCUACACACAUUAGGCAGCUUUGACUUCUCCGGCCAUAUACUUAACGAGUUUGUUCGAGAUGUCGCCAUAAAAUACGUUGAAAGCGAUAAUCCCGAGAUCCGGAAAGCCUCUGCGUUGACCUGUUGUCAGCUCUUCGUGCACGAUCCUAUCAUCAACCAAACGAGCAGUCACUCCAUUCAGGUUGUUGGCGAAGUUAUUGAUAAGCUGCUGACUGUAGGUGUCGGUGAUCCCGAUCCUGAGAUCCGUCGCACGGUUCUGUUAUCGUUGGAUCGGAAGUUUGACCGUCAUUUGGCCAAACCCGAGAAUAUUCGAUGUUUGUUUCUGGCUGUCAAUGACGAGGUAUUCGCCGUGCGUGAAGCUGCCAUUAGCAUUAUCGGUCGGCUCUCCAGUGUUAACCCAGCAUACGUCUUCCCACCUCUCCGAAAACUUCUUGUCAAUCUCUUAACAGGGCUUGGAUUUGCUAGCACAGCUCGGCAAAAAGAAGAGAGCGCACAGCUGAUCAGCCUUUUUGUCGCUAAUGCGACAAAGCUUAUAAGGUCAUACGUCGACCCAAUGAUCACUGCCUUGCUACCGAAGACUACGGACCCUAGCGCUAAUGUGGCCUCGACAACUCUACGAGCCAUCGGAGAACUCGCGAAUAUCGGCGGCUCUGAAAUGAAAAACUAUUUACCGCAACUUAUGCCAAUUAUUCUCGAUUCUUUGCAGGAUCUGUCAUCACAUUCGAAACGAGAAGCCGCUUUGCGGACUCUAGGCCAACUCGCCAGUAACUCAGGUUAUGUUAUCGAACCGUACAUGGAGUAUCCACAGUUACUUGCUGUCUUAAUCAAUAUCAUCAAGACUGAGCAGGCAGGCUCACUGCGCAAAGAAACCAUCAAAUUACUAGGUAUUCUAGGAGCUUUGGAUCCUUACAAGUAUCAGCAAAUCAGUGAAAUCUCACCUGACGUUCGGUAUAUCAAUGAAGUGCAGCCUAUUUCUGAUGUCGCACUCCUUAUGCAAACUAUGACCCCAUCUAAUGAAGACUACUAUCCUACAGUGGUCAUCAAUACUUUGUUGCAAAAUAUACUGCGAGAGAACUCCUUGGCACAAUAUCAUUCCGCUGUUAUCGACGCCAUUGUCACUAUAUUCAAGACCCUUGGAUUGAAAUGUGUAUCAUUCCUGGGACAGAUCAUUCCUGGCUUUCUGUCGGUUAUCAGAAGCUCGCCUGUUGGUCGACUGGAGUCAUAUUUCAACCAGCUUGCCAUCAUGGUUAGCAUUGUCCGUCAACACAUCCGUGCUUUCCUUCCGGAAAUUAUCGACACCAUCCGUGAUUAUUGGGAUUCCAAUCAUCAAGUACAGGCUACAAUACUGUCUUUGAUAGAGGCGAUCUCUACAUCGCUCGAAGGAGAAUUCAAGAAGUACUUAGCCGGGUUGAUUCCCUUGAUGUUGGAUACGCUCGAGAAGGAUAUAUCCCCACGACGACAGCCGUCCGAACGCAUCCUACACACUUUCCUUAUUUUCGGCUCCAGCGGCGAAGAAUACAUGCACCUGAUUGUUCCCUCUAUUGUGCGGCUCUUUGAUAAAGUGCAGAAUCCUCCUAAUCUCCGCAAAUCUGCUAUUGAGACCUUGGGCAAACUCUCUCGCGAAGUCAACGUGUCUGACUUUGCCUCCCUCAUGAUACACUCUUUAUCUCGCGUCAUUGCAAGCAAUGACCGCGCGCUUCAAAAAGCCGCUAUGGAUUGUAUUUGUGCUCUUAUCUUUCAACUAGGACAAGAUUUCACCCAUUACAUACCACUCAUCAACAAGAUUAUGAAGCAGCAUGGAGUCACCAAUUCUUCGUAUGAAUCAUAUGUUGUCAAGCUGCAGAAGGGCGAGUCUCUUCCUCAGGAUCUAACUCUUCACGAGAACUACCGAACUCUGGCAGAUGAUACGAACUAUGCGGAGAUAGGACAGAAGAAGAUGCAGGUGAACCAGCAACAUCUCAAGAAUGCAUGGGAUGCCUCGCAAAAGUCAACACGCGAAGACUGGCAGGAAUGGAUCAGGCGAUUCAGUGUGGAACUUCUGAAAGAGUCGCCUUCGCCAGCUUUGCGGGCAUGUGCUAGUUUGGCUGGUAUCUAUCAGCCUCUAGCUAAAGACCUCUUUAACGCUGCUUUCGUUUCAUGCUGGACGGAGCUUUACGAUCAGUACCAAGAGGAACUCGUGCGUUCUAUUGAAAAAGCUUUGACAUCUCCAAAUAUACCCCCAGAGAUCCUUCAGAUUCUGCUCAAUCUUGCAGAGUACAUGGAGCACGAUGAUAAGGCUCUCCCGAUCGAUAUCCGAACUUUGGGCCGAUAUGCAGGCAAGUGUCAUGCAUUCGCUAAAGCGCUUCACUACAAGGAGUUGGAAUUCGAACAAGAUCAAAACUCAAGCGCUGUGGAAGCCUUGAUCACGAUCAACAAUCAACUUCAACAGUCGGAUGCAGCCAUCGGUAUUCUCCGUAAGGCUCAAGCAUAUCGCGAUGUUGAGCUCAAGGAAACGUGGUUCGAGAAGCUGCAGCGCUGGGAAGAAGCACUCGCAGCUUACAAGCGACGUGAAAAGCAGGACCCAGAUUCGUUCGGCAUUACAAUGGGUAAAAUGCGUUGUCUGCAUGCUCUUGGAGAGUGGAAACUACUCUCGGAUUUGGCGCAGGAGAAGUGGAAUCAAGCUUCGGUUGAACAUAGGCGAGCGAUUGCACCACUUGCUGCUGCAGCCGCUUGGGGCCGUGGACAAUGGGAUCUUAUGGAUUCGUAUCUUGGUGUGAUGAAAGAGCAUACACCGGAUCGAUCUUUCUUCGGUGCUAUUUUGGCCAUUAACCGUAACCAGUUCGAGGAAGCUGCACUUUAUAUUGAAAAGGUGCGCAAUGGACUGGAUACCGAACUCUCUGCUCUUCUGGGAGAAUCAUACAACCGAGCAUAUGAUGUGGUUGUGCGAGUACAGAUGCUUGCCGAGCUUGAGGAAAUUAUUGUCUUCAAGCAGAACGUCGGUGAUCCCGAGAAGCAACAAGCGAUGCGCGAAACAUGGAACAAGAGACUUCUCGGUUGCCAGCAGAAUGCUGAAGUGUGGCAACGAAUGCUGAAAGUACGACAGCUUGUUAUUCCUCCGCAUGAAAACAUGGACAUGUUGAUUAAAUACGCCAACCUGUGCCGAAAAUCAAACCGAAUGGGCAUUGCUGAACGUACAUUGGCAUCUCUAGAAACUGAAAUUUCAGGACCUAACGGCGUUGAGAUCGUCGUGCCACCAGAAGUUAAAUACGCGCGUUUUAAGUUUGCAUGGGCUCAAGGCCACCAGGUUGACGCUUUGCAAUCUCUCAAGGAAUUCACAUCUACGCUUGCUGAUGAUCUAACGAGGUACAAUGCCUUGCUAGCGAAUCAUACUGAUCAUAACGGUACAAAUGGUGCCAAUGGCAUUCUUGAUAGCAAUCCUGAUGUCAAUCACCUCCGGUCACGAAUUGGAGAUGUGACAAAACUAAAAAGGCUUCUUGCCAAGAGCUAUCUCAAGCAGGGAGAAUGGCAGACCGCCCUUCAGAGCGGUGACUGGAGGCCUGAGCACGUUCGGGAAGUGUUGAAUGCGUACUCGGCAGCAACACAAUUCAAUCGGGACUCUUACAAAGCCUGGCAUUCUUGGGCAUUGGCUAAUUUCGAGGUUGUCACCACCCUGGCUGCCCAGCAAAGUCGUGAUGGGUCUUCUGUUCCUGGUCACAUCAUCAAUGAGCAUGUUCUCCCAGCAAUCCGCGGCUUCUUCCGAUCGAUUUCAUUGUCUUCUACAUCGUCGCUACAGGAUACUUUGAGAUUACUUACAUUGUGGUUCACCUAUGGAGGGGAUCAAGACGUCAAUAGUGUUGUGACUGAGGGCUUUACGUCCGUUAAUAUUGACACCUGGCUUGCGGUCACGCCACAACUGAUUGCGCGUAUCAACCAGCCAAAUGCAAAGGUUCGCACUGCUGUCCAUCGCCUCUUAGCCGAGGUUGGCAAAGCUCAUCCCCAAGCGCUCGUGUACCCUGUAACCGUUGCUAUCAAAUCUAAUGUCGCGCGACGGUCUCAAUCGGCCACUUACAUUAUGGAAAGCAUGAGACAACAUAGUGCCAAAUUGGUCGAGCAAGCCGAUAUCGUCAGUAAUGAACUCAUUCGUGUUGCUGUUUUAUGGCACGAGCUUUGGCAUGAAGGUCUAGAGGAAGCGUCUCGAUUGUAUUUCGGCGAUCAUAAUGUGGAAGGAAUGUUUGCUACGUUGGCCCCUCUUCAUGACUUGCUGGAUAGAGGUGCUCAGACAUUGAGGGAGGUCUCGUUUACCCAAGCAUUCGGUCGCGAUCUGGCUGAAGCCAGACAGUACUGUCUGCUUUACCGCGAAACUGAAGAGCUGGGUGAUCUUAACCAGGCCUGGGAACUCUACUACAAUGUCUUCCGCAAGAUUGCACGCCAAUUGCCUCAGCUAUUAACACUUGAUCUUAAGUACGUCUCGCCAAGACUCAAGGAGCUUCACGAUCUUGAUCUGGCCGUACCGGGAACGUUCCAUCCAGGCAGGCCUGUUAUCAGAAUCAUGAGCUUUGAUCCUGUCUUGCACGUUCUUCAGACCAAGAAGCGUCCAAGAAGGAUGACACUCAAGGGAAGCGACGGCAACUCUUACAUGUACGCCCUUAAGGGACACGAAGAUAUUCGUCAGGAUGAACGUGUAAUGCAGCUAUUUGGUCUUGUGAAUACGCUACUAGACAACGACAGCGAAAGCUUCAAGCGACAUCUAUCCGUUCAACAAUUCCCGGCUAUUCCUCUGUCCCAAAACUCAGGUCUGAUCGGUUGGGUCUCCAACAGCGAUACGUUGCACGCACUCAUCAAAGAAUAUCGAGAAAGCCGGCGUAUUCUGCUCAACAUUGAGCAUCGUAUCAUGCUCCAAAUGGCACCCGACUACGAUAAUCUCACCUUGAUGCAAAAAGUAGAAGUCUUUGGCUACGCUAUGGACAAUACCACGGGCAAGGAUCUUUACCGGGUUCUUUGGUUGAAGAGCAAGAGUUCAGAAUCCUGGCUUGAGCGACGAACCAACUACACACGUUCCUUGGGUGUUACAUCGAUGGUCGGGUAUAUCCUUGGUCUUGGAGAUAGACAUCCUUCGAACCUUUUGCUUGACCGGCUUACGGGAACCGUUGUGCAUGUUGAUUUCGGCGACUGCUUCGAAAUUGCAAUGCAUCGGGAGAAAUAUCCGGAAAGAGUGCCGUUCCGUCUUACGCGUAUGUUGACAUUUGCUAUGGAAGUUAGCAACAUUGAGGGUAGCUAUCGCAUUACGUGCGAGGCUGUUAUGCGUGUCAUUCGAGAGAACAAGGACUCUUUAAUGGCUGUGCUUGAAGCUUUUAUUCAUGACCCUUUAAUCAACUGGCGUCUCGGAACCCGCGAGUCACCUGAAAGACCAUCGUUCUCAACUGUUGACCGUCGACAGUCGAUCGUAGAUGACGUUAACCUCGAACACGGCAUUCAACCAAGCAACUUCGCCCGUCAUCGACGCGCAUCCAUCUUGGAAGGCGGCGGCAUACUCGACGCACCACCAGGCGCAGCGAAUGAAGCUCGCGAAACACAGAAUGCGCGCGCCUUACAAGUCCUCGCUCGUGUCAAGGACAAACUCACAGGACGAGACUUUAAACCCAACGAGGAACUGAAUGUUAGCGAUCAAGUCGAUAAACUUCUGGCUCAGGCCACUAGCGUUGAGAAUAUCUGUCAGCAUUGGAUUGGAUGGUGCAGUUUCUGGUAGUGUAAGAUGGUGGAUUUGUGGCAUUGGGUGGGAUCUGCUUUUUUCCUGUCUGUUCAGUCAGGCGCAUGGAGUAUGUAUUUGCUUGUAUCUGUGUUAUGCCGUCAACAUGUGUAUAGUCAUUUCUGGGAGCGGAGAAUGGUACCUUAUUUCUAUGAUUU